UAUGUAGUGAGAUUGCAGUUAACAUAUUACAUCCUUAGAAUUCUCAUCACGUCAUAUUUGAAAUUGAUUUUAGUCCGCCUGUUAUAACAAAUCAUUGUUAACCAAGUAAAUAUACCAAUCAAUUAAUCAAUUAGAUAUAGCAAUCAAUUUAUCAAGUGAAAAUAGCAAUCAAUUAAUCAAGUGAAUAUAAGUACAAUGAUCUUAUUACAAAAUGGAUGGUCUUCAACGUUUACAACAAUUUUCUUAGGUUUAUUGAUAAAUUCCCAAACCGGUUAUUCAGGAUUCUACACCGGCAGGAUUAAAGAAGGGAUGUUUGAAUACAGUGAUUUAAAUGGAUUAAUGACUGCAGAGGAAGGAGCAACUCUCUGCGAGGAGGAUUUACAGUGUGCAGGAUUUACAUUUCGUGGAGUUUACAGUGUGGAUGUUCCACAUGAAUUAUAUUUCUUCCACUAUGUUUCAACAAUCCAUUUUUCACAGAAAAAUCCACAUUUUUGGGGGUGGACAUCUUACAGGGUUAACAGGGAUUAUAUUCUUAUGCGGGGUAAACUGAGCAGUCCUGAACUUGAAGUUGAAGAUCUGAACACGUGGGAGAGAGGUAGCACGUGGGAGCUAGAUUUAAACCAGAACCCGGCUGAAGCAGAGCGGGUCUGCCAGCAGACAACAAACUGUGUUGGAUUAGCUCAGUUUAAACAAGAAAGAGUUGUUAUGCUGGAAAGUGUUCAAUUCUGGGAUAGAAGUUCUUCAGAAAACUGGACAACCCUAGUUUCCCUUCAUCCAGGAAAUAACCAGAUUUUAGAUAGAGAUACAACCAAUAUUAAUAAAUGUUGUCCUGAAACUCCAUUUUUCACAGAAAUUGAUAUUAGUAAUACAGAAAUACCUAUGAUGAUAAAGAAAAUACGUUGCAACAUUUCUAAAGAAGAAUUUUUAGAAAACUACGUGAAAAAAAGAAUUCCUGUAAUUCUAAAGGGUUGUUUAAAUAAAUCCUGGUUCCCCAACCCGAGGUCAGAAUAUCAAAGGUUUGCAGGUCUAAGUUUUGAAGAAACCUUGGAGAGAUUAUUUUAUCGGGGAAAUGAAACCUCUACUACAGUUUCCAGACCUAAGCUAAGAAGAAGACUGAUUGAAACUAUGAGAAAAAACAAUUUCAAAAUUGAUUAUAACAAGGCUGAACGAUUGUAUAUGGAGUCUAGUGCUAGUGUAGAAAAUUCUUCAACACACAGUUUUACUCAUGUUAAAACUCCAAAUGAUGCACAUUUUCUAUAUAAGGAUUUAGUGAAACACCGGUCCAGGGGAGAUUUAAGAGUAUUUUUGAAACUGUCCUAUUUAAAAUCCAGAUUAGAUUGUUACCAGCAAUACAGAAUUCCAGGCACAUUAGAAUUAUUGCCCGGGUAUGAGCAGUGCCUUGUUCUGGAUGGUUUAUGGAAGCCCCCUCCAAUGCCAGACGACCUGUACGCUAUAACAAAAUAUAACAAUGAUCUCGCCUGGAUUAUCAUGUCCAGCAGAAACACAGGAAGUCAAAUGCAUACUGACCCUGACUUUAUGGGAGCUUGGAACUUGCUUCUCACCGGAAGAAAAUGGUGGGUCGUCUUACCUUAUCAGGCUGAGGUUGCAGAUUUUAACUGUGAUUCUAAAUGUUCUGGUAAACACUGGGCGGAUGGAUCUAAUUCCUAUCCUUGGUUUAAACAUAUUCUACCACAAAUCAGAGAUAAAAAAUAUUAUGGGAAGGAGGUUCUAGAAUUUGUGCAACUGCCUGGUGAAGUAUUAUAUUUACCGUAUCAGAUGCCGCACACCAUCUUUAAUAUUGAUGAUAAUAUUGCUCUAACAGAAAACUAUCUUUUCAUGGAUGCUCUGCCUGAGCUUGUCAAAGGGAUGGCAAUAAAUAUGAUAAAGCCAUUUAUUCCAAAUUGGAAUGAAACAUUGGCAUUUAAAACUUUAUAUAAUAAGUAUGCUGAUAAAAUUCACCGAAAAGAAAUGCGGGAAAAUUAUGCUGAAUUUUCAAAGCUUACCAGCUUUCCUGGGAACAUGUGCCACACAAAAUUUUGGCCCGAUUAGUUCAGCCGUUUUGACGUUUAUUGGAUACAAAGGGACAGACAAAUAUACA